AUGCAGCGUAGCAAGUUAAUUCCCGAUGAAUUAGGAUUGUGUAUAAAUAAAUUUAAUUAUGAUGUUUUGAUCGUACAAGAGCCAUAUGCUUAUAAGAAUAGAAUGAGGGGGUUUGGAGCUAAGAUUAAAGUGGUUCAGUGUUUGGAUCAAACACCUUGGGCUGCUUUAAUUGUUUGUCAGGAGCGUUGGUCAGUUAUGCAAUUAAGUCAGUUUACUUCGGGCACUUGUGCUGCGGCACAAUUUGCCAGGGAAGGUUUGGCUAUUUAUGUAGCAAGUUUCUAUUUUCCCCCGAACGAUGAUAUUCGAGUUUCAAUCUUAGAGAUGGAGAGGGUAUUACAAGCUCUACAGGAUCAGUUGGUUAUAGUUGGUGUGGAUAGUAAUGCUAAAAAUCCAAUAUGGGGUAGUGAUAGGAUUGAUGAUAGAGGGGAGUUAUUGUUAGGUCUUUUUAGUCAGUGGGGUUAUACUGUGCUUAAUCGUCAAUCUGAAAUUCCUACUUUUAGGUCCACGAGGGGUUCGUCCUUUGUGGAUGUUGCGGCUUACUCCGCUGGUUUAUGUAAUUAUAUGAGGGAUUGUGUGGUUACACAUGACUUUACGUCGUCUGAUCAUGCUUUGAUAAAUUAUGAGGUUCAGUUUGGUCAUGUAAUGCAGAUUGGGGAUGACGGUGGUUAUUCUGGGGUGAUUGUUGACUGGCGUAGAUUUAUUGGUAUUAUCAGAUCCCAUUUACAAGUUAAUAAGGUUCCAUUAGUAGAAUCAAUAUUGAUGUUAUUGAAUUAUGUAAUAUAG